UGCUGAUAGAUUUCUUCAGUUCCGAAGAUGAAUUUUUGUUUCAGUUCUUCGCUCAACUGAACUGCCCAAAUCCAUUGAAUUAGUGACUUAAAAUUCUCUCAGACACACGAACGCUUAAGGUCAACCUCAGACAAAAUCAGAGUGACGGGUUCAAAACUGUCUCUUCUCACUAGAAAUAUAACCAAAUUGACUGGUUUUUAUAUCUCCCGUUUCUCCCCGAUUCGAUAAAGAUGUUGAAAUUAGAAAUUAGAAAUUAAACAACGACGAAACAGAAAACUACAUAGAAACAAUAUGCCAUCUCUCCGAAGGUCUACAAAGAAUCUAAAUAUGAAGUCUUCUCAAGGGAAUUACAAGCUGAUUAUCUGUUUUUACCUCCUGGAUGAAUACAAUCCCUAACCGUGAUCCUAGUUAGUAGAGAACAAAUAUUGUCAUCUUUCAUUAUUUUGAUACCAAUAGCACUUUCUCUUAUGAAAUGGCAGCAAUCAGACUUUCAACUCAAAAACUUCUACUGAAUCAGAAGUCAAGAAUUCUUUACCACUGCACAGCAUUAUCACCAAGGAACAAGCCGUUGGGUGGUUCCAGUCCACAGCAUAGUGAUGAUGUCAGAAAAUUUUGGUAUUGUGGACUUCAGCCUGUUCGGUUCCUUUCAGAGUCUGCUCUGUAUGUAAAUCGCUCUGUUGAAAGUCGUACUCCUACCGUAAACGUUGCUUUGAAUUUGGCUGAAAAAUUGCAAAACCUAGGUGAACUGAAAACCAAUGUAGCAGUGCGGAAUAUUGCGAAAAUGGAAAUUGAAGAAUUGGUGGAGGAUUACAAGGGGUUAAUGAAAUUAAAGUUGAACAAAAAGAAACUAGAAGAAGAAAGAAAAAAUAUUGCAAGCAUGAUGGCUGCCUUGAGCAAAGUAAAAGAAACAGAAGAUGUCAAAAGAUCAAAGGAGCUGCUGAAGACUCGUGGGAAAUCUCUGAGACAGCAUUUAAAGACUUUAAAUGCUGAUUUCAAUAUUCUGGAAGAAACCGUAAUUAUGCGAAGUUUGAAAUUACCGAAUGUGCUACACAGAGACACACCAACAGAUGAAGUGAAGAUCUUACGAGAAACUGUCCCAGAAAAAGGCUUGGCUGACUUUGCACAAAUCGAUCAUAUGGUUGCUGGAGAACAACACAACUGGAUUAAAUUCAGUAAUAUUGGACCCGGUGCCUAUUUCCUACUUGGGCCACUGGCUUGGUCAGAGCGGCAUCUUAUCAAUCAUUUUUCUGAGAAUCUAAUCGAAAAUGGGUUCCAGAUGAUGAUCUGCCCCGAAAUAUUUAAAGCUGUUGUUGUGGAGGGAUGCGGAGUUGACAUCACCGAUGCUGGAAAGAUCUACACUUUGGAAAAUAACGAAGAAACAAUGAAAAUUGAACAUAUUUGUCAUUUCAUUGGCGUUUCACCAAUGUCAUUUGCAGCUUUUUGGACCAGGAUGACAGUGGAUUGUGAAACCACUCCCCAAACCUAUUUCACCAUUGGUAAAUGUUAUCAUCCUGUUGUAUCCAGUUGUGCCAACAUGGGUUUAUAUCAUACUUCACAAACAACCAAGUGUGAGGUUUGCUCUGUAUGCCAUGAUGACACUAUGGCUGAUAAUCAAUUCCACCAAUUCCUUACCAUGAUUUGGAACUUUUAUUCUGAUCUAAACCUUCCUGUCAGGUUGGUGCUGCUCCCUGCUUCCCAGUUACAUGUUUCCGAAAGUAAGAAGGCCGUUAUAGAGAUGUGGGCCCCAUCACAGCAACAAUAUUUGACGGUGGCCUCAGUCUACCUGACUGGGACAUAUAUAGGUGAGAGGUUAAUGAUAUCAAGCUCUUCUACACAGGACAAAGUUGUACACGUGGUACAUGCAGAUCUUCUUGAUGUCUCCAGAAUGCUGGCAUUUUUGAUGGAACAUCGAAAGAUUGGUGAGAAUGAACUUCUCCAACUUCCUCGCCUCAGACUCGAUGCCAUCUCAGAGCUGAUUCCUUGAAGACGAAUGAUUGCAGAUCCAUGGCAGGAAAAACCAGACAGAUAUCACAGAAUGACCGAUCCAUGUAGCUGCUGUCAACCAACCAUAACUGCUUCAAGUUUUGUCUCACCAUUCAACCAUGGAAACCCAAACCAUAAAUUAUACAUUAAGAUGUUCGUAACUUUUCAAGUCAUGUUCUGCUUUCUCACAAUCCUGUUGGAACCGAGAGAUUUUCAGGAAAUACAGUUUGUCCAGUAGUAACACAACUCUUGCAUGGAUUUGGAUGAAAUUUGUUUAUACAAUAGAAUUCAGUGAUAUUUACAAAGUCAGAAAACAGCACAGCUCCCAUGACUUAAGGAAACAUUUUUUCACGCUGAGAGUUGCUGAAGCAUGGAACAAACUGCCGGCAUCAGUUGUUAGUUGUCGGAGCACUGCAUCCUU